UGCCUAUAUAACACAAGACAGGCGAACACGUCCCAUGCCAGCUUCCAGAUACCAACACAGAAGAAGCUCAUACACAAAAUCCUCUCUUCUUCCUCGUUGGCUCGUUGCUGCAGCACAUCAUCAUUCUCCAGGAUGCUUCUGCUCAGGGCAGCGCCGAUGUCUUACGCGAAGGUGGACAAGGUGGAUGCCGAAGAGGCGCGGCACUGGAAGGCGCAGUUCCUGAUCCACAAGGCGCUCGAGACGGGACCGACUAGGCGGCCGCAGCCGGCGGCGGCAUUUGCGAGGGUUGGCGGCUGCAGGGUCGUCAGGUCAGUGAGGAUCGGCAUCCGGCUCAAGAGGCUCAGGAUCGCCGUCCGGAGCUUCAGGCUGCGCGUCUGCCGGAGCGUCCUCAAGCACCUCAAGAAUCUCAGGAGGCUCGGAUCUCCUCGUUCUUGAUCCCCUCGAUCUCUUCCAUCUGAAAGAGUUUUUUAUGUGCCAGGGAAACUAAGCUGCCUUCUAUUUCAUUCGCAAUACCUAACAACAACAACUUCUGCCCUUGAUUUGCCCAGAAGAUUUGGGCGCGCGCGCGUGUGUGUGGAUCGAUGCAUAGUAUAGUACUAUAGUAUGUAUGUAAUUUGUAAAUGGAGCAGAUCAGGAAUGCUUGCUCCUGUUUCAGGCUUCCUUUUUCUGGAUCCUAUCCUACCUAUCUUGUUGGUCACUGACAGCUAAUGAAACUCUUAAGUUAUGUA